CUGAUGAGCAUUUUUAAGUAACAGAUCACUGAAAUAUGUUUCUGUUGGAUAAAAACUAUAGUGGUAAUGUUUUGAAUAAAUGUAUGUUAGUGUACAUAUUCAAGAAUUUGAUAUGUGCCAUUUGUUUUUAUUUAACAAUAUCUCCCACCAGGCACUGGAUGUCUAUAUAACGUCAGAUUGAUGUUGGACAUGUUGUGUUGUGUGCCUGCUGGCUAUUUUGAGUAAUUGUGGGAUGUAGGUGGGUUUCUGUGUUAAGAAUUUAGAAAAAAUACUUGAAAUACUGCUUGUCAGCAAUUGAAAACAACAACAACAACAACAACAACAACAACAACUAGUACCUAAAUAGUACUUUUGAAAUGAUCCCUGGCCAGUUUUUGUACCUUAUCCCUAAAGAUUGCAUGUAUGCUCUAGUUUUGUGUUUUAGUUAUCUUGCAGACAGUAUGUCCAGGUAAUUUCCACAUAGGUAUAUCUAUCCAGAAAUCACAAAUAAUUAUACUGUAUACCUAGAUAUCCAUCAAUGUUUGUGUCCCUUACAUGCAGUUUUGGUCAUAUCAUGUUCUUCAGUGUCACUGUUAUGCCAAAAGUAGCCAUACAUGACUGUCUCUUGUUAUUCGUUUUCAUUUUAGAUGUCAAGGUAGAUUGCCGUUAUUUCCAGGAAAGGAUAUCUACCCAAAAUUGUGUAUACACUACAUAUAAUAUAUGGGUGGGCUUAAAAUGAGAGUUAUAUUUAGGCUACUCAACCUCAUGCUCUACCAUCCUUGAUGCUCCAACCUUGGUCUUGAACACCAGGCUAAAGCAACUGGAAGAAUGGCAGAUUAUCAGAUGACAAUUCAUAAACAAACAAUCCAAGUUACAUCAAUCGAGGGAGGCUUGCAGGAAGGGAAGAGUAUUAUCAUAGUUGGAAGGAUUGUGCCAGAUGCUAACAGAUCACAUGUGAUCCUUCAGUGCGGUUCAGAUUCUAAGGCUGAUAUUGCUCUGUGCAUAAACCCACGCUACGAGAAAGGCAGUGCACGAGUAAUGUACAACACCUACAAGAACGGCGCCUGGGGCUCCGAAAGAUCCACACCUGAGUCUCCUAUCGUCAAAGACAAACCAUUCGUCAUCGAGAUUCUCGUCACCAAGGAGGCAUACAAGAUAAGCAUCAAUGGGAAACACUUAAUGGACUAUGAACACCGUAUUCCAGUCAUUCAAGUGAACACCAUCUCGGUGGACCAAAACAUCAAGCUGGAGUUCACUGGCUACCAGAAUUCUCUGGUGGUCCCAUACAAAACCCUGAUUAAUGGUGGGCUACAGCCUGGCAAAAAAAUGGUUAUUUAUGGAGUUCCUAAUGCUGACUCUAAAAGGGUCGAGUUUAAUCUACGUCACAGGUAUGGGAUUGCAUUUCACUACCUAUCCCUUUUUGAUGAGAAUGUGGUUGUCUGCAAUACCUAUGAGAAUGGAAGAUGGGGGACAGAAAAAAGGAGUGCAGCUGUGCCUUUUAUAAAAGGUCAUCUGUUUCAGGUCAAAAUCAUCUGCAACAGAGAGCAUUAUGAGGUGUUUGUGAAUGGAGUGAAAGUGCACACUUACAAGCAUCGCUUUACUAAGCUGGACGACGUUGAUGUCUUUGAAGUGCAUGGACAGCUGCAGCUGAUUUUUGUGAACAUCUAACAAUCAUCCAGGUUCCACAAAUAAACCUGAUUAAAAAUGCACUAGGUCAGAUAAAUUCAACUGGUCAAAUAUAUUUUGCUGGUGAUAACUUUAUAAUUAUCAUAAAUUUCAUAUCUAAUUUUUUCACUCUUUUGCACUUGAAAUUGAAGAUGCAAGUGACUUUCAUGAUUCGAUGCUUUGGUAGUUUUCAGUUCAGGGCAAGGGUUUCUUAUGAUAUAAUUACUGAUUUCCCACCUAGUUCUUAACUAUAAUUCUUAAACAAAUUCUGCAGGUAAUAUCUUGCCUAUCCAACCUGUUUUUCUGUGACCCUGCUGCCCCUAUGAGCACUUCUUGUCAGUGACCAUACUAUGAUUUAGCUAAUUUUGUAGCAUUGCAUCCAAAAUAAAUAAAAUUC